UCCCUCACCUGUUCUUGUUCACCUGCAGAACAGACCUCACAAGUUUGCACAGAACCAACAGAACGAUGGACUCAACAACUGAAGUUUCCUCAAUGCUGUCGGCCUUGACUCUGCAUUCCGCAGAGUUCAAGCUCGACGAUGAAGCUCUACAGAAAGCCAGUCAGAUACUUGGCAUUAUCAAUAGAUACCGUACCCCGAUGCCUGCCAAUGAGAAGGAUCGUUCAGAUGAGGGUAACUUCAAGUUUCUCUCUAUCAUAUACGGAAAGGUCCGGGCUCAAGAGCCUAUACAAAUGAUUUUACCCGCCUUCCCUUUCAAGUCGCCGAACCAGAAGAAUAAAACUCUGGGAUAUCUUCCAGACAAGGGCGAAGACGUAUCGCUCGCUCACUUGAAUGGUUUGUGUAAAGCCAUCGGUGAAACCUAUGCGCCAGGAGCCAAGCUUACAAUUGCCUCUGAUGGCCUGGUGUACAAUGAUAUCUUGGAAGUACGGGACAGUGUGGUUUGGAAGUAUGGUCAGGCGUUGAGACGUCUAGUAGCGGAGAAGGAGUACGAUCAUAUCGAGUUUGUCAGGCUUCGCAACCUCAUCCAUUGGAAUGAGGAUAUUAUUCUAGACAGCGCGACCUAUGAGGCACUCGCUCCACAUUUCCGUCAGAAACUCAUCGAUCAUUACACACCAUUAGGCUUUGACGUCGAUGAGAAGAUCAAGUCUGAUGACGACGUCUGCACUACGUACAGGGGCUACAUCAAGUUCCUAACCAAAGACCUUGAACUCGUCUUUGAAAAGAAUAUCAGCCUUUCGAAGAAAAAGCAUAAGACGAACGUGGGAAAGAUAGCCAAGACGAUGAUCGGACGAGGAGUAGCGUUCGCAGAGGCAAUUCGUAAAAACUUUCCCAACUACGUCCGCCUAUCCAUUCACCCUUCAAAUGGCUCAAACAAAAUCUCCAUCAACGUCUUACCUCUAACUUCGUCACCUAUCACGCCGUGGCAUUCAUGCCCGAGCUACACCCUUGACGGAAGAUUCAAGUACGCUUGGCGCGAGGUCUUCGCCACCAACCCAGACAUGGAGCUGGUCUACAGAGACGGUCGUCCCUGGUGCUAUCGAGACAAAACCGCCCUGUAUAGCUGGUCUAUGCCUGUUUAUAUCGACCCUAACUACCCCAGUGGCGUGACCGUAACACCGCUCUUCCCAUCCUCUCUUCUCCCGGGCGAUAUGGAGAAGGCCCAAGCCUUAGCACAAGAGAACUCGCCCGUCAUUCUUCAAGGCUUCGAAAACACACUCGAUAACGAGCUGUACAUCGAGAGGGAAGAGUACUCCGAUCCAUCUUUCUCCCGAGAUCUCGAUAUGAUCCUCGCAGUUCGAGACCAGGAUGUCACUGCGUUCCAUGAACUCGAGCAUUUCAUCCGAACUGGACACUUUGCGUUUGAUGAUGCUUCUCCUCUUGUGGAGGAAGAUAAUGAGGAAGUCGAUGACUUGGACUGAGCUUCGCUCGAUAUAUUUCCAACAUGACUAUCUAUGGAGUGAUAGUUGCUAUUUGUUUGCCCCCUUUUCUUUUCUUUUAUUCAACAUUUCUCUGUAUCAUUUCAGCCGGUGUCUCGGGACACAGCAUAGGAUUUAUCUUCUCUUCUUUUCUCACUUCCUUCUUCCAUCUGGAAAAAGAAUAUCGACGCCCGCUUGAUUGUUGGACGGGACCUUGCAUCUGCAGUACUUGGUUGUUAUUCCUUAGGGAGCCAUCGCUUUAAAAGCUCUAGGUAGCUGGUCUGGUCUGCGUUGGUCUGGCAUGUAUUUACCGUUCUUUGAAACC